CAAGCUUGUACACUACCACUGCUCUAAAUCCUGACCUAGAUAGCUGGUAUUCUCCAUGUAAUACAAAACUGUACUAUUAUUUAUGGAACACAACAAUAACUUAAAAUGGAAACUUAAAAAACGUAAAGUUUUUUAUAACUUAAAAAAAUUAUUACUUAUGAUUACAUAAAAGCCUAAUUUCUCACCAAGGAGAGAUAAUUACAGUACAGUCUCUCUUUCCUCAUUUUACUAGCCAUGACAUUUGAUUCCCUACUUUCAUUAGGAAAUUAUAUAUAUAGUCUAGAAUCAGAGGUGGAAAGUAAUGAAUUACAACUACUCUUGUUACAGUACUUGAGUAAAUUUUUCAAAUGAUUCUACUUUUGUUAACUAGAAAUAAAUAAUAGUGCUUGAGUUGAUUAAAAAUGAAGUAUUCAACUUUGCUACAGUUAUUUUUCACCACAAUUACAAAGUACAAAAAAAUACAUAAUAUUUCUGAAUUUUUGGGAAAAAGAAAGUUAUAAGCGCUAAAUCUGUUUAUAAACUAAAACGGCUGUGUGCAGCAUGACGGAAACCUGUAGGGCACAGCAUCAUGAGCACAGCAGCUUGCAUAAACUGCCGCUGGUGUCCUCUCUUCUCUAGCUUCUCCAAGACUUUCUGCCCUGUCACAAUACAAGAACUGUAAUACUGUGAUUUUCUGCAUAUUUCAUUUUAUUCUGGAAAUGAGCUGUUCAUUCCGUUAUGAGGGAACCGUCUGAACGUGUUUAACCACUGAUCAAACUUCACUUGUUUUUAAGAUCCCUGUGCUGAUGGAUGAGAAUGCAAAACAGACCUGUGUCUCUAAAUCAGCAGCACGGAAGCAUGAGUGUGAUAAUUUCAUCACUGUAAUUGAAAGAGUUGGCGACUCCUUCGUGGUGUGUGGGACAAGAGCAGGUGCUCCUAAAUGUUGGCUCCUGGUGAAUGACAGUGUACUGACAGACAUGCAGCAGGAAACAUCAGCGUCUGAGAUCUUGGCACCUUUCCCCUCUCAGCGCUCCUUCAGUCUGUCAGCAGAUGGAAAUCUGUACUCUGCUCUGUCAGCGGUUGCAGGGCAGACUGGCUCUAUCCAUCGCACCUACGGCUCCAAAAAGCUGUUAAAGUCAGAGAGUAAAUGGUUACAGAAUCCUCAGUUUGCAGGAGCUGCUGUGAUUCCACACAGUGAGAAACUCAAAGAUGAGAUCUAUUUCUUCUUUAGUGAGGUCAACAAUUCAGCAAGUUUCGAUGAAGAGCCAUACAGGGCUCGGAUAGGACGUGUCUGCAUGGUUGAUGAGGGAGGGCUUUCGAAUUUGUUGCCAAACUCCUGGACUACAUUCCUGAAGGCACGUGUGAUGUGUGGGAAAGCUGGAACUCCUGUUCAGUACAACAACAUCAAGCAGACGUUCGUUCUGACUUCUGACCAUCUCCGCAUUGGGGUGAUGUACGGCCUCUUCUCCAAUGCCUGGAACACAACUGUCGUGUGUGCAUACUCUAUUGAGGACAUUGACAACUCCUUUUCUACAUCUAAACUGAGGGGCUACAACUCACCAUUGGCUUCACCACGUCCUGGAACGUGUGCUUUCAGGAAUAACACAGCGGCUCAUAACCAGAAGAUUCUGAAUGUGAUCAAGGAUCAUCCUGAGAUUGAGGACAUGAUCAGGCCUGUCGGGGAGGGACCUCUGGACUUGCCAGUACAAGACUAUUUCACCUACAUUGUGGCCGACACAGUCCUUGCUGUUAAUGCUGAACACUACACCGUCAUUUAUCUGGGCACAGAGAGUGGUAAAGUCCUGAAGGUGCUCCAUACCAUAGAAGGAGUCUUUAUCAUUGCACAGUAUUCCUUAUUCCAUGACAAUAAUCCCAUCAUCAACAUGGCUAUUGACUCCAAAAAGGGUCAUCUCUAUGUUGGCACAGAGAUAGAAGUGCAGCGCCUCCCUCUGGCUGACUGUGGUCAUUAUGGGGUCAGCUGCCGGGAAUGCAUCCUUUCUCGAGAUCCAUAUUGUGCAUGGGAUGUGAACAAGAGAAAGUGUACUGCUAUCCCAGCAGACUACAACUUUAGCACUGGGACCCUUAUUCAGACCCUUGAACACUCCAAUGCUUCAGUCUGUGGAGAAGUUAUAGCUCCAAAGGCACGUAGCACCAUCCCCAAAGAGGUGUUAGUGGAUAAAGAUGGACCAGUACUUCUACCAUGCCCUGUGCAUUCAUACCAUGCCACAUACCGCUGGGAGAAAGACAACUGCAUCAAGCUAUAUCCUUGCACCAUUUCUGGCUCUUCCUGUGUGCUCGCACCAACCCCUGACCUGCCCCUGAAGGAGGGCGUGUUCCGCUGCAUGGCGGAGGAGAGUGGGCUGAAACAGGAGGUGGUGUCCUAUAAGCUGGUUUUUAACAGUGGGCCCCUCUCCCCCUCGCUAGCCUCCACUGUGGGAUCAGCUCUGCUGCUGGCUGCUGUGGCACUCUGGCUCCUGUAGAUCAUCAACUAAAUGCUGAGGGGUGAGAUGGUAAAAAAGAUGAGUGGAAGUUUUAUGCUAAGGUCAGCAGAGCAUGAGUACUAAGGCCUGUCCAACUAAACUGCAGGGGAUCAGCUGAUCUCUGUAUAAACUCUAUUUCUUGUUUCAUAUUUGGAGCAAUCACACAUUUAUUCUUUUCUUUUUUUUUUUUUUAAAGGCAGAGAAAAUGCCUGAAAUAGUUUCAUUUUGCAAAAUGCUAUCAUACUAAUCAUACCAACACCAGUGUUAUGUACUGUAUACAUGAACUUAUCUAAGCAAAAUAUUUCAUGCCAUGCGCCUGAAAGCAAACAUUUAGCUUUCAACUAUACUGUAUAUUCAGUUAUCUAAUACAUGGGAUUUGUACUUCAAAAUACAUGCUUGCAGAAUGUCAGGGUCAUCCUACAUCCUGAGCAACCAUCAGACAUUUAGUUAGUUUUUGUCAGUUUCAUUUCAUUUUUGAGGGUCUACUGUAGAAAUGCUGAGUUACAGGUGCAUAUUUCUUUAAAACUGAUGUAUUGUUUAAACAUGGAUAUGCUGUUUUAAAUCCUUGUAUUUUCCAUUGUGUGCCAUAAGGACAGUUCUAAUGCCUUAAAACAAGGAUGAGUCCCUUUAAGCUGUAAGGGCCCCAUCCUAAGCACAACUUGCAAACUGAGCAAAACCUGCAGAAUCUGCUGUUUUUUUUCCUGAGCAUUAAGCAUUCCGGCCUGACACUGAGUGUUGUUUCAGCAUUAUUUUAGGAUAACUUCAGUUAAGCCUGUAUAGCAAGUUUCAAUUGUAUGUCGAAAAACUGUUUUUUAGCCAAGUCUUUCUAGCAAGUCAGUCUACUGUCAGUCAUCUUUGGAAUGAUCUCAGGAGGCUAUUUCCAGUCAUGACAGUGCAGCUCCUAUCUACUUGAAUGGAGAAAGACCAAAAUCUCAAAAAUGGUUGGUCAAGAUUAAGAUCAAAGAGCAUAUUUCAAAUCAGCAAUAAAAAUCUGACAAUACUGGAAUCAUAAAUUGUGACUCUUUACCUCAUAUUACGCAAAAAAAAAAAAAAAAAAAAAAUUCCGGCUUGUAUAGCUAAUGCGCAUGUGCAUUCUAGAGUUCACUAGAAGUCACUAGCAAGUUGAAACUCGAAAUUUAGAUUUCAAAACCGAUUCCAUAUAAAAAAUAAAUAAGACAUCACAGAAAGCAGACAGUUUAUAUUGAACCAACACAGAUUCAACCGCUUUUGCUCAGCUGGUGAACAGGACAAAGAGAGAAAUUAGAGAGUUUAUCUUGCGUCACUGUGUUUAAAAAAUGGGCAUUCGUACAUCCUUAAUGCCUGUGCUUUUCGCACCAUUCAGAUUUUUCAAACUUUUACAUUGCGUUCAUAUGAAAUGAAUUAUUGGGCAAAUAAGCUUAAAUAGGUGUGAUGUAGAGUUGCAUUUUGUAAUUGCAGUGAAAAGAGGCUUGUGAUCAGUCUUAAUUAUAAUGUUGAUUUAAUUGUAAUGCUCUUAAUAUGCUGUACUUCACCAUUGCUGCCUAUUGGAAUAGAGAGUAUUCCUGAUGGAUUGAAAUAGUCUUCAGCACUAGAGUGUUCAGAGUGUACAUUUGUCAUGACAUUUGAUUUGAUUUCAUCCUUACUUAAACAUCAACCACCAAUUAAAUCUUAUGUUGGCUAAAGGUACGGAAAGUGAGAAAAAAGAGAAAUGAAAUACAUAUAGUAAUAGUAAAUAUGCUCUCAAGAAUACUUUAUAACUAGCACAGUUCUAAUUGGCUGCACCCCUAACACCGCCCCACUCUCUACAACCCUUUCUCUCUCUCUCUCUCUCUCUCUCUCUCUCUCUCUCUCUCUCUCAGAGUAACUGACCCCAAAUGCCAGUUCUAUUUUUAACCUAUUUUUAAACUUGUUUUUCACUGUAUGAGCAGGAGACAACAGUUUUGUUUAACAAUGUAAUUAAAUUAAAUUAUCACUAAUCAGCAGAAAGUGCAUUGUGUUUUUACACAAUGUUGGUUAACUUUUAUUAUUUAUUUGUAGUUGCUUGUUUUGUGUACUUCUGUUUCUUACUCUAUUCCUCUUCAUUUUAGACGUAAUUUGACUACUCACAAUCUUGAGCAGGAAUAUUUAAAAAAGGAACUGUCUUUGCUUAUUCAACAGUUUAAUUGUCUUAUACCUCCUUUUAGAUCUCUGGGUUUAAGUGUGUCAUAUACAAAAGCCAUGUAAAUAGUCCUUGGACUGAAUGCAACAUUGCUUUACACAUCAAUGCAUUAGUUACGUAUGCUAGCUUGUGCUAACCUUCUGUUUGCAUGCUGAAUGCCACAGCUCUGUGUACUUGUACCUCUGUCUCUUGGUCUAUAAUGUGCAAUAGGCUACUGCACUAAAGUUGUAGUGCCAAACUGAUGUUGUCUCAUUUUUGUCAGAGAGCUUUUCUAACUUUUUUAUUGUGCUUCUAUGCCAAACGUUUAACUUUCUGUGACACAUAUUGCAGAAUUCACACAGACACAUGCACACACUCAAAAUCACUUUCGGCAGUCUAAAUGACACAGGGUUCUUCAAUGCAACAUUAAAAUGUGUAGAUCACACAAAGUAAUAACAAUGAAGACAACUUUUAAAUCUUUCUUUUUUAAUUUUGUUUCAAGGAUAAUUAUGUCACUGUUAAUUGCCUGUUAUCUACUAUGAUGUGUGUUUUUUGCCCAAGACUUGUCCCAUGUAAAGAUGCUUGCCAUGGUUGACUGCUCAAAGCAUCUCGCAGUUGCAUAGGCUUGCACUUAAUGAUUCAUAUUUAUUAAAUGGUUUCCAAGUCAUAAAUUCUUUUUAGGGGCCGAAAACCUUGUUAUAUACAGAAACAUAUACAUUACUGUGCAUUAAAAUACACAUUAAAAAUACUCUUCCUGCAUGUGUUUAUUUCCUUCAGUGUGAAAUAAAGUCAUGAU